AUGGUGGAUCUCGGGGGUCUCCGGUGCCACAACUGCAACAUGAUGUUCCGCUCCCCGUCUCUGCUGGAGAAGCACCGCCAGAAGUUCUGCAUCGGGAGCCAGAUCGGGGACCCCGCUGUACUGCGCUCCCGCUAUGUCAGCUCCAGGGGCCACACCCCGCUGCCGCGACAGGCCGACACACCCCCGACUUCACGACACGAGAGAGCGUCGCCCGUCUGAGAGCGCGAGAAACCCGACUGAACGAGAGAGAGCUGCGCCUGGUGGGGGGGUACGAUGGAGCGCCGGAGGGCGUCUGUGAC